CAGGCUGGCAGGAAAAGCACCUGGGACUGUUGUUUGGGUAGGCAGCAGAAGGGAAGAAGAGAGCCGAGUCAAAACACUGAGCUUUCAUAAAGGAAAAGCGGAAACAUUCACAGAACUUGGUUCACUUGUUGUGUUCACCAAGGCGGAACAGGCAACAUCUAUCCAGACCUCAAUCUGCAUCCCCCAAAAGCAAAACCACCAAAGGAGAAGUGAUAAGCCCCCCCAACUGACUCCUCACAGAGGACUGCUAUUUUGGCCGUUUUUUGUUGUUGCGCUCUACAGGCCGGGAGAGAUCGCUGCUGAAACAUGAAGUACUAUUCUCAGUGCCCCGUCUCCCGCUACAGCAGCAGGCUCACUGCCGUCAAGCCGGCCCGCACUGUGCACUUCCCCAAUGACAUCGUUUUCCAGGAUCACAUUAGGCAAGGAGACCUGGAGCAAGUUGGGAGAUUUAUUAGGGCCCGCAAAGUGAAACUGGACACCAUCUACCUCUCAGGCAUGGCAGCUCUGCACGAAGCAGUCCUCUCUGGGAAUCUGGAAUGCGUGAAGCUGUUGGUGAAAUACGGAGCAGACAUUCACCAGAAGGAUGAGAACGGCUGGACUCCGCUGCACAUGGCCUGCAGCGAUGGCUACCCGCAGAUUGCCAGGUAUCUCAUGUCACUGGGUGCCAAAGUGGACGUGACAAAUGAAGAAGGAGAAAAGCCUGCCGACCUCAUCGACCCGGACUGCAAGGACUUGGUCUCACUUUUCCAAGGCAUUGGCGUGGCUUGAUGCACUGGCCCCCUAUGGACACAUUUUCACCCUUUAAAGGACCUGUGCGCAAGGAGAGUUUGUAAGACCCUCUGGGGACUACCUAGGGCCCUGUUAUGCACAAGCUCCUUGGCUGGGAGGUGAAUGGUUACAGCUGAAAAAUUGUUGGAAGAUGCUACCUUGACGACUCGGUGCACCUGGGGUUUGGUUUGCAAAGUGUCAGUCGGGUGUGUUUGUUUGUUCAAUUUCUUGUUUUUUUUAUAUCAAGCAAACGCACAAACUAAAGCAAGCACCGAUUUUUCCAAAAAAGAAGCCUGCUGUCCCAUUUUGAAAAAGAUGUGAAAGCCCAAUGGCAGUCACAUGUCACAAAACAACAUCAGGCACAACAAGGCACUGAUCCAGUCGCUUGAAACUGUGUGGAGUUUGCAAGUGCAUGGGAGUUUCCUUUUAUCAUUUUCUCCCGUAGCCCCAAAGAUGUGAAUAUUAGAUCAAUCAGCCGUUCCAAAUUGGCCCAACACGAGUGUGGGUGUGGAGUUAUGCUUGUGUGAAACCUGUAAUGGACUGACACCUUAGCCACACUUGGCUCCUGUCUUGCAGCCAGUGCUGCCAGGUUAGGCUCCAAGUCCAUGUGACCCUGAUUUGGAUGAAGUAGGUCUUCUUAUAUAAUGCACUACCGUGGCUUUUUGUUUGUCUGUCCAGGAUUUUAAAUCACCUGUAGCUCGCAAACCAUUUGACCUGAAAUUUGGUACAUAUAUA